AGAUGAAACGGCACCGUAUUGUCACACUGAUCUCAAUUACGUCUUCUAGAGCAACACUCCAGGCUCUAGCAGUCCAGCUUUGAAGAAAAGGUGAGAAAAAAUGGCGGCAAUGAAGCUGAUUGCACUGAAAUCAGCUUGUAAAACUGCGUCGUUUCACUUAGGUUCGCAGAAAAUUCCUCUUCGUCGGAACUAUGUCCGCGCUUUCUCGGCGAUCAUGUCUCCGCCGGCAAUGGCGGUUGUUUACGACCAGCAUGGCCCACCGGACAAACUCACCAGAAUAGUAGAAAUUCCACCGGUUGAAAUCAAAGCAAAUGAAGUCUGUGUUAAAAUGCUUGCUGCUCCUAUUAACCCUUCUGAUGUUAAUCGAAUUGAAGGGGUUUACCCAGUGAGGCCUGUGCCGCCGGCGGUAGGAGGUUAUGAAGGUGUUGGAGAAGUUUACAAUGUCGGGUCCGGUGUUAAGGGACUUUUCCCUGGUGAUUGGGUCAUUCCUUUUCCUCCUUCCUUUGGAACAUGGCAGUCUUAUAUCGUAAAAGAGCAGAGUGUCUGGCACAAAAUCAACAAAGACACACCUAUGGAAUAUGCUGCAACAGUCACUGUUAAUCCUUUGACUGCGUCUAGAAUGCUUAAAGACUUUGUCCAACUGAACGCAGGUGAUGCAAUUGUACAAAAUGGGGCAACAAGCAUGGUUGGGCAGUGCAUCAUUCAGCUUGCACGAAUUCAGGGUGUCCAUAGCAUCAACAUUAUUAGAGACAGGGCUGGGGCAGAUGAAAUAAAGGAAAAUCUCAUGAAGCUUGGGGCAGAUGAAGUAUUUACUGAAAGCCAACUGGCAGUAAAAAAUGUCAAGGAUAUGCUGGGAAUUUCGCCUGAACCAGCUUUGGGUUUUAAUUGCGUUGGUGGCAAUGCUGCUACUUUGGUUCUCAAAUUUUUGAGGAGUGGAGGAACUAUGGUAACAUAUGGCGGAAUGUCUAAGAAGCCAGUCACUGUUUCGACUUCAUCUUUCAUCUUUAAGGAUCUUUCUUUGAGGGGCUUCUGGCUUCAGAAAUGGAUGAGUACAGAUAAAGCUGAUGAGUGCAGAGAUAUGAUUGAUCGACUCUUAGUUCUGAUGCGUGAUGGAAAGUUAAAAUACGACAUGGAACUUGUUCCUUUUAAAGAUUUUCAUUCUGCGCUGGAUAAGGCCCUUGGUAAACUGGGGAGCAACCCUAAACAAGUCCUCACUUUCUGAUUGUGGCGAUGGUGGCUGGUGUUGUUACAUAAUCGUAGAAAAUUUGUUUGGGAAGUUCACAUUGAAAGUUCAGGAUUCCGGGACAUUCAUCGUUGAGCUGAUCUCUUGCAUACUACUCCGUAGUUGAUAUGUUAACUCUAUCUGUAUACCCUUUUCCUUGUACAAAAUGUUAAUACAGUUAUAUUUUUUGUAUUUGUUGCUUAACUUGCCCACCAGAAACAAGAUGUCCUUACAUAUGUGAAUUGGAAAGGUGACUUUAGGAUCA